AUGGCGGAGGCGCCGGGCGCACCGGAGGGUGAGCGGCGGGGCCGCAGGGCGCGGGACGGACCCCCCGCCCGCCACACUCGCGGCCCAUCUCUCCGUGGUGUCUCCGCAGCGGAGGCGGCGGAGCUGCGGGCGCGGCUGCGGGCGGUGCGGCACACGGUGCUGGUGCUGUCCGGCAAGGGCGGCGUGGGCAAGAGCACCUUCAGCGCCCUCCUGGCGCACGGGCUGGCGGCGGACGAGACCAAGCAGGUUGCUCUCCUGGACAUAGAUAUCUGCGGGCCAUCGAUUCCUAAAAUGAUGGGUCUAGAAGGAGAACAGGUUCAUCAGAGUGGAUCUGGAUGGUCUCCAGUGUAUGUUGAAGAAAACUUAGGUGUUAUGUCAGUGGGGUUCUUGCUUAGUAGUCCUGAUGAUGCUGUCAUCUGGAGAGGACCAAAAAAGAAUGGGCUGAUCAAGCAGUUUCUGCGUGAUGUGGACUGGGGUGAAGUGGAUUACCUGAUCGUGGACACGCCCCCAGGAACAUCAGAUGAGCACCUGUCCAUCGUGCAGUACCUCAGUGCCACCCACAUCGACGGCGCUGUCAUUGUCACCACCCCCCAGGAAGUGUCACUUCAGGAUGUUCGGAAGGAGAUCAACUUCUGCCGCAAGGUGAAGCUGCCCAUCAUCGGUGUGGUGGAGAACAUGAGCGGCUUUGUGUGUCCCAAGUGUAAGAAUGAAUCUCAGAUUUUUCCCCCGACUACUGGUGGUGCAGAGAAGAUGUGCCAGAACUUAAGUGUUUCUCUCCUGGGUAAAGUGCCUCUGGAUCCACAGAUAGGAAAGAGUUGUGACAGAGGCCAGUCUUUCUUGGCCGAAGCACCCGAGUCUCCAGCUACAUUGUCUUACAGGAAAAUCAUUCAAAAAAUUCAGGAAUACUGUGAGCAACACCAUUUGCCAGAAGAAAAGAUAAUGUAAUCUGUAAAUGGACCAAAAAUGUAGUUCAUUUUUGUUCAUUCGUAAUUACAGAAAAGCAACAUAUGACUUGAUUUAUUAAAGGAAUGCAUUCUUUUUGUAUGUUUCAAAUAAAUUCUUAAUAUAAAGGCCUUUGUUUUUUCCAAAAGUUAAAGAUUUUUGUAGUUCUUCCUUCACUAGAAAGCUGUGAAAGUCAGUCUGCGUCUGGAUUACUAAGUGAAUUAUGCCUCCAGUGUCAUGGUACCAAUAACCUGACUGUGAAGGUAGCAGUUGAAGAGGUGAGGAUACACAGUUUUUUAGGAGGUAGAAUAUAAAAUCUGCUGGGUUGACACUGGGGCAUAUGUAGCAGCCUUUGUCCUGCCUACUGCACAAAGAUGAGCUGUAAUGCCCAUUCUCUUUCCCUAAUAAUUUAAGUGUCUCCUUUCAGUGGAAAAGAUCUGUAUCUAGAGUGAAAGCUGGGGUAGUACUAUAGUACAAGUGCACUGCUUUAUUUAUUUUUUUACAGGUAUCAAAAUAAGAUUGAUUUUUAAACUAUACAUACUGCCAGCUUCACACAAGUAGUGUGUGAACGUGGUUCAUGAUUUGUUUUCUUGUAUUUG